AUGUACACUAUGUUUUGCAAUGACGAAGACGAGGCAUAUCCUCUUCACGAGUGCGUGUUCGUUGGAGACGUCCGUAAAUUAUCAUCGCUAUUACGAUUUAACGAUGUAACUCGAAAAGAUAAACAUGGAAAUACCGCUUUACAUCUAGCAGUUAUGUUAGGCCGUAAGGAAUGUGUACAACUAUUGUUGGCACAUGGAGCACCUGUUAAAGUUAAAAAUCUCGCAGGUUGGUCUCCGCUAGCAGAGGCUAUCAGCUAUGGAGAUCGUCAAACUAUAUCCUCCCUUGUACGUAAACUCAAACAACAAGCACGGGAGCAAAUGGAGUGUAGACGACCCGAUCUUAUUAGGGCCCUAUCUCAGAUUCAAAACUUUUACAUGGAAUUAAAAUGGGACUUCCAUUCAUGGGUACCUUUAGUUUCUAGAAUAUUACCAUCAGAUGUAUGCAAAAUAUACAAAUCAGGGUCUGGAAUAAGGUUAGACACAACUUUAGUUGAUUUCACCGAUAUGAAAUGGGAAAGAGGUGACAUAUCUUUCAUUUUCCAAGGAGAGAAGCCUCCAAGUGAGUCUCUUACAGUUCUUGAUAACAAAGUCAAAGUUUAUCAACGAGUUCGAUAUGAAGAAACAGAAAAUGAGAUAGAAGAUGAAGUGGACAUUCUUAUGUCAAGUGAUAUUUUAGCAGCUCAGAUGUCGACAAAAGGAAUUUCAUUUGCUAGAGCUCAGUCAGGCUGGAUUUUUCGUGAGGACCGUAAGGAAACUGUUGCAGGACUUUAUAAAAGUGACAUUUAUACUAUAACAGGUCUUGUGUUAGAAUCACGUAAAAGAAGAGAACAUUUAUCCACUGAUGAUUUACAAAAAAAUAAAGCUAUUAUUGAAAGUUUGACUAAAGGCAACACUCAAAAUUUAGAUACUAAUGGUGAACCAGUAAGGCGUGCUUCAUUAAAUCCUCCACCAGAAAGUGGUAUUGACUGGCCAACUUACAUAUCAUCUCCUAUUGGUCAAUACCCAAGCUUGGGAAGAGAGUUGGUAUAUAAAGAAUCUUCAAGAAAUUUUCGAGCUACUAUUGCUAUGAGUGAUGAUUUUCCUUUAAGUGUAGAUAUGUUGCUAAAUGUGUUGGAAGUAAUUGCGCCUUUUAAACAUUUUGCUAAGUUACGCCAGUUUGUGGCUCUUAAACUACCCAAAGGUUUCCCUGUGAAAAUUGAUAUACCUAUUCUUCCAACAGUCACAGCAAAAAUUACGUUCCAAAGAUUUGAUUUCCGUGACGAUAUACCUGGAGAAUUAUUUGUUAUACCAGAAGACUAUGUAGAAGAUCCAUUACGUUUCCCUGACUUA